AUGAACCGGGACAGAGCGGUACCGGGGCCCGGGUCGGACGGGGUCCAGGAGCCGGUCCAGGCCGCGGUGAGCCGGGACAGGGCCCCGCCGGCCCCCGCUCUCCACGGACACGGGCACGGGGACGCGCUCCAGCCCGCGGCGGGCGGCGGCGGGGUGGGGGGGGACGUCAUGGAGGGGGCCGCCGGGGACAAGCGGCUCCUGUCCGGGGCCCUGGCCGGAAACAGAGACCCUCAGGCGGACAACCACUCCGAACCUCCGCCCACCAACCCGGUGCUGGCCCCGCCACAACAGGGCCCCACUGGCCACCGGACCACCUCCUUCUCCGUCCUGGACAUCUUGGACCCGAACAAGUUCACGAGCAGCCGGCGGCAGCAGCAGCCGCACGCGGGCGCGCGCGGGGAGCGCGAGCUGAGCGGCUACGACGCGGAGGCCCGGAGGGGGGGGGCCGCGGAGCGCGAGCUGAGCCUGGAGCCCAGCAAAGGCUGCUACGGGGCCGAAGAGUACCAGAGCAAAGACGGCUUUGCGUACAGAAGUCCGGAAGAGGAGGAUUAUCACAGAUCGGCCACCCCGGACUCGGAGGCUGCGGACGGGGCCUACAGCAGCGAGGAGAGCAGCUCCGCCCUCCCCGCCAACGGGGACAGAGACCAGCACAGCCACCCGGACCCCGGCAGGGACUCCAAGAGCCCCGGCGGAGGCCCCGCCGGACAGUCCGGCGGCCAGGCCAACGGGGGCCAGGGGGGCAAGCCCAAACGGAAACGCUCUGGCUCGGACUCCAAGUCCGGGAAGCCCCGCCGCGCCCGGACUGCCUUCACCUACGAGCAGCUGGUGGCGCUGGAGAACAAGUUCAAGUCCACGCGCUACCUGUCGGUGUGCGAGCGCCUCAACCUGGCCCUGUCGCUCUCGCUGACCGAGACCCAGGUCAAGAUCUGGUUCCAGAACCGCCGCACCAAGUGGAAGAAGCAGAACCCCGGCGCCGACACCUCCGCCCCUACCGGUGCGGGAGGGGCGGGGGGAGGGGGAGGCGGGGGCGGCCUGGGGAGCCUCAGCCCCCUCAGCCCGUCGCCCCCGGUCAGCGGGCACCUGGCCAUGCACGCUGGCUACGCCGGACACCACCACCCCCCCGCGGGGAGCCUGGUCCAGCUGCCCUUCCUCACGGCCAGCCACGUCCUGUCCCCGUUUAUGCUGGGGACGCAGAGCUACGCCGCCCCCGCCUUUUACAGCACACACCUGUAG